AUUAGAAUAAAAACUGCAGCAAACUUCAGACGCUGGCUGGCUUUCUGUGCAGACUUAACGAGACCUGGGACCUUUCCCCCCACCCUUGCCCCUCCUUUGUGUAGACCGGGAGAGGAACUCCUUGCCUUUUGCACAUUAACUCGAAGAGGAAACAAUGGCUAAGUUCUGGCUGUGUGCAGCUGUUGGAUUUUACUUGUUGCAGCUUUGUUUAGCGCAGAUAGGUUUGAAUAUAAGUUGCAGAUAUGGAGGCGUUUUCCAUGUUGAGAAGAAUCGCCGCUACAGCCUCACCAGAGACGAGGCUGUUGAGCUUUGCAAAGCCCUCAACAGCACCAUCCCAACGUUGGAACAGAUGGAGAACGCUUACAACCUUGGGCUUGAAACUUGCAGAUAUGGUUAUAUACAAGACAAAAUUGUACUUCCCCGGCAUACACCUUAUCAUCUCUGUGCAGCAAAUAACACUGGGAUUUACGUACUUACGUCAAAUAUAUCUGACCGAUAUGAUACCUUCUGCUUCAAUGCAUCAGAAAGAGCAGAUAUAAAUUGUGACCCAGUGAUAAAGUUAUACUCCGUUUGGCCGAAUAAUGACAGCAAAAUAGAAAUUUUCAAUUCCGAUGGAUCUCGCUUUAUUGAUGGAAAGAGAUUCACAGAACGGCCACCAGUGACAGAUGAUGACAUUAGUAUGGGCAGUGGUUCUGCAAAUGACAGAGUAACAACAGAUCCCAGUGUCAUCAGACAUGGUAUCUCCCAGAAUCCUCAUUCUACAGAUGAAGUUACCUCAAGUUCCCACGUUGAUGAGGACAAUGAAGAUUCAAAAUACUAUCCAUGGAGCCCUUAUGAUGUUCAUCCUGAAAACCAGCAUCCAGAAAGUACUAAUGAAAAACAGGAAGAUUCAGCACAAGAACACAGAACAUCUGAAGAGGAUAAUUAUUCUGCAAUCAUUACAGCUGGUGAAAUGUCAAGCAAUGGAAGGCUUCACGAAAACUCUACUCAACAAGGUCAGGAAGUUCCUGAAGAUUUUCCUUUGUGGUGGCCGACUGAAGAACACAAAGGCGUGCGGAACACUCCUUCCAGGAAGGAUGAGAGUUCUGAAGAAAAUGAUGAUGAUGAUGAUGAUGAUGAUGAUGAUGAUGAUGAUGAUGAUGAUAACGAAGAAGGGUCUGGGCACAUAAUUCCUGAAACAGUUAUUGAGUGGAACAACAGUGGUGAUAUGGAACCUCAGCCAUCAAAUACCACUGUGGUCUCCAGCAGAGAUGUCAAAUAUGAAGACUCAACCCAUGAUUCAUUACUACAUGGUGUACCCUCUGGAAGGGACAGUGAAGUCAGAUAUUCAAGAAAUGGCACAAGGGAGGAUGUGUCACCUGGAAUUGUUCCUCUAGGUGAUGGUGAACAUAAUUCGACAGCUACCGCUCUGUCCUCCAGUGAUGAUUUCUUCAAGCCGGAAGACUCACAUCAGCAUUCACAGGACGGUGCUCACCCUGGAUUGGAAACUGAAGACAUAGUACUUACAACGACAACCACUUCCAAUGUAUUGCAUCCAGGACUUGUUCCUUCAAUUGAAAGAGAAGGACCUCUGCAAGAAGAAUCGUUUCAUCAUACAGUUGUUUCCUUCAAUGAAAGUGCUGAACAUGAAGAAUCGCAUCAAGAUCAGCUAUCAGCUGAGGGUAUAUCUAGACCUGGAAGUGGAGAAAGUUCUGCCACGAACAGAACAAUCCAUGAUGUCCUAGAAAUACUUACCCUUCCAAGUAAGAGUGUUCAUGAAAAUGAGACUUCUCAGACAGCUCCGACUUUCCAUGAUGGAUCCAAACAUGAAGAUAUAUCCCAUGAUUCACAAACCCCUGUAGAUCACCCCAGAUCAGACACUGAGGAGUCAUAUCCAACAAAUAACACUUGGGAUGAUGUUCUACACAGUUUCGUUUCUUCAAAUGAGAAUGAAAGCGGGUCUUCUCAUAAACACAUUAAUACGGAGUCUAAUGAUGGGAUGAAACAUGAAGAAUCUACUCAAAAUCCACUACCACAUGGUGUGUAUCCUGAAUGGGCCAGUGAAGAAAGAUACCCCACAAAUACAUCUAGCAAGGAGAUGCUACCUGGAAUUGUUCCUCAAAGGGAACAUGAGCAUAAAAAUGAAUCAAUUUAUACAGUUGUGGGUGCCACUGGUGACAUUAACUGUGAAGAUUCUACUGAUGAUAUGUUGAUCCAUGGGAUUCAUCCCAGCUGGAGUAGUGAAGAUGGAGGUCUUGCAAACACAUCUAGAGAUGGUGUUCACCCUGGCAAGAGAAUCCACUAUUUUGCCUAGUUGAAUUACAUAGAUGAUACAGCCAUCUUUAUAACAGCAGUUGUUCCCAGUGAUUUUAUUCACUAUGAAGACUCUACAAGUGAUACAAAACAUUCUGAAUGGGAUAGUGAAGAAAAAUAUCUCACAAACACAUCUGGAGAUCAUUUGCUGCCUGGAAUUUUUGAUCCAGCUGAAAAUGAGCAUGAAAAGGAACCUUCACAUACAGUUAUGGGUUCCAGUGAUGAUACCAAAUAUGAAGAUGUUACUCAUAAUCCAAUGACGCAUGAACCACAUCGUGAAGGGGGUAGUGAAGACGAAUAUCACACAAACAGCACAAAGGAUGAAGUAUCUUUAGGAAUUAGUCCUCCAACUGAGCACAAUAAUGAAGAGAAAAGCUUUGAUACAGUUGUCAUUCACAAUGAUCAUGAAGACUCAACUCAACAGCCAUUACCUCCUAUUCAUCAGCCAGGCUGGUACACAGAAGAAAAAUAUCCCACUAAUACUUCUAGAGAUAAUGCAGUAGGAGAUAAUGAAAAUGAACAUGAUCCUUUAUCUAAAGAUGUGGUCUAUGAUGGGACUAAAGAAGAUUCAACCCCAGAACCAGUGAGGCAAUGGGGUAGAGAAGACAAGUACACUACAAAAUCCACAGCAGAUGCCUUAUUUCCUGGAAUUGUUCCUCGAAGAGGAAUAAAUCAAAACAAUAAAACUGAUCAUACAGCUGUGGCCUCCAGUGAUGGAGCCAAAAAUGAAGAAUCAACACAAGAUCCACAGUUGCACAGAUUGCAUCCUGGAUGGAGUAAUGAAGAUGAACAUCUUCUAAAUAACACUCAGGAUUAUAUCAUACCUGGAGUUUCUCCUGAAAUUGACAGUGGUUUUGAAAGACAUCCAACUUCUUCUACUGCUAGUCCUGACCCAAACGAACACGGAAAGAAAGUAUCCCGGACGGGAAUAGAGGAUGUGUCACCUUUACCGGGAGAGACACCAAAAAGCCAACCACGCAGGGCUCACAUACCAGAUUGGCUUAUUGUAGUUGCUUCUCUCUUGGCACUGUCAUUGAUCCUUGGUGUUUGCAUUGCUGUGAACAGUCGAAGGAGAUGUGGGCAGAAGAAGAAGCUUGUGAUCAACAAUGGUAAAGGAGGCAUAGAUCAGAAAAACAUGGGUGGAUUGAACGGAGAAGCCAGUAAAUCUCAGGAAAUGGUGCACUUGGUACACAAUGAGAAGCCAGAGGACCAAACAAGCCCCCACGAUGAAUUCCUGGCAAUUGAUGAAACACAGAAACAAGAUGAGGCCUUGAAGAGUGGCAUGUAAGAAGGCGAUGCCAAUCCAGUUGAAUCAGAGUUGGGAAAACAAAACAAAAAUCGCACGGAACUGGGACUAGAAUUCACAAAUGCAAUGAGCUACUGAUGUCUUUGAAUUAAGCAUAAAUUUCCUUCUUUCUCUUUUUUAAUGGUCAGGUACAAGAUAAAACUGUUAUUUUACCUUUGUGUGACAUUGCAUAAUUUUCCCCAGUCCAAAUUGGUAAGUGCCAUGUUACCAGUAUCAACUGUCUCCCAAAUACAGUGUAUUUAUCUGAUACGGCCAAAUACCAACUUCGACUUAUUUCUCCUCACUUGCACAACUUUCCCUCAUUACAUCUUAGUGGAGUUACCACAAUCUAUAGCCACUGAGACACCAAGGUACUAAGCAUGUCCAGAGUGCUUCAGAAAGCCAAGCUACCCAGAGUCAACAUUAAUCAGAUUGUAAACUUGAGAACAGUUUUCCUAUUCAUCUCAUAGCCCUUGUGAAUUUGCCAGAUUUAGUAAAUUUCACUACUAAUUUCAUGACAUUUUGGAAUUAUUUUCUACAAUGAUUGAAUACAGAAAGACUUAAUUUGUCCGAAAAUUCCAGAUGCCCAACAACCUUUUUUUAAAUAGAAAAGUUGGAAAAGAAAGAAUAAAACUGAUUUUAUAGCAAAUAAAUUUUUAUUCUCUAUAAUCUAAAUAAUCUGUGAUGUUAUUUUCAAGUUUCAAAAUUAUCUGCUUACCACUGCCUGGUUUCUAGCAGGAGUAUUUGGUAUAGUGUUAAAUUAGUGAAUUGAUUCCCACUCAACCAUACUGCCAUUCAGAGAGAGGGAUGCACAGCAGUGGACUGCUUAUGGGAUACAGGCUGCACACAUUUCCAUUGGGUGGGGCCUGAAACCAAGAUCUCCCAGCUUCAUCUGUGUUUCAUCCCCACUUCAAACAGCUGUUUUGUGUUUGGAGCUGUUUGCAUGGCUCACAGGCUAAUGUCAGGAACAAGACAAGAAACUCUUAAUGAUGGAUUUGGAGAUCCUGAAGAACCACAUAGGCACAGCACCUCUUUUCCUUGCACAACUCCUUUGCAGGAUACAUGUGUUCCAAAACCCGCUUCUGUGCAUAUUAAGACUACGGUGAUAAUUUUACAUUCCCGAAAAUAUGACAGUGGGCAAAGUCCAAUGGUGGCCAUCUGCCAGCAGGACAGAUACCAUUGACAGAAUGGAUCUCCCCUCUGUUCUGCAGCCCACCCAUGUGUGGCUCCACAAUCUGUCCCAAAGGGUUGGAAGACCU